AUUACAGCAUCGGCGCGCGCGCAACGCCAGUCAACCACGCGGAGUCGCGUCGCGCAGUUGCCGCGAACAUCGACAUUAUUCAAAAAGUUUAUUUUAUCGAUCACGCAGAUGAAGCUGAUCCGACGUACAUUAAGAAAAAUCGUGAGAGAAAACGCGACAACAAAACAUACAGAACAAUAAUAAUAACUCUCGAAUGUAAACAGUGAGGUAUAAUUGACAUUGUCAUUAGUGAGUCCAGACGAAGGAAUUCUAAUUAGAAAGGAUCUCUGGUGCUACAGUGACCUGAGAAACAUUAAAACGAGACAUAGUUACUGAAAGUGAUUGUGUAAGCUGUGUUGAAAGAAACAUCAGCAAUGAUUAUACAACACCCAAAAUACGUAUCAUCAAGUCGAAACUGCGACUGGUAAUAUGUCGCAGAGUCAACUAUCGCUUCACGGAACAAAGAAGGUUAUGCGCAAAUGUAAACCACCAGAUCGAAACAAAAAUCUUCUCAAUCGCUUAAACUCAAACAAAACCAAAGCAUCGCAACAUAAAAUUAUAUCAUUAGAAGAUAAGAAAAAACGAUAACAACGACCAAAAUAACAAGCCAAGCUAGAAGACAAAAUGGGUAUUACCGUACUUUUAGCAUCGACAGCAUUAAAGACUGUAAGCGUAACGGGUUUAUGGCUUAUACCGCUUUUAUUGGGAGCAUUCACAUAUCAUAACUAUAAUUCAUACGACCCCGAAGCUAGAGUUCUGGACAAGGAACCGAGGAUGGAAUAUGAUUUCAUAGUUGUUGGAGGAGGCUCUGCGGGCGCAGUCGUAGCGAACCGAUUAACAGAAGUCAAGGACUGGAAUUUGUUACUACUUGAAAGUGGACCAGAUGAAAACGAGAUCACCGACGUCCCUUCGUUAGCGGGCUACUUACAACUAACGAAGUUGGACUGGCAAUACAAGACCGAACCAACCUCAUACGCCUGCUUAGGUUUUAAGAAACAUAGGUGCAGUUGGCCGCGAGGGAAGGUGCUUGGUGGAUCCAGCGUCCUCAACUAUAUGAUUUAUGUAAGAGGAAACCGUUAUGACUUCGAUCAGUGGGAAUCUUUUGGAAAUCCAGGCUGGGCGUACCGAGAUGUGCUUAAGUACUUUAUAAAAUCUGAAGAUAAUAGAAAUCCUUAUUUAGCUAAAACUAAGUAUCACGGCCGAGGUGGCUAUUUAACUGUUCAAGAAGCUCCAUGGAGGACUCCUUUAGUUGCUGCUUUUGUAGAAUCUGGCGUCGAAAUUGGAUAUGAAAACAGAGAUAUUAAUGGAGAAUAUCAAACUGGUUUCAUGAUAGCACAAGGCACAAUAAGACGAGGCUCAAGAUGCAGCACAGCCAAAGCCUUUUUAAGACCUGUGAGGACACGUAGGAAUCUUGACAUAUCUCUCAACACACAAGCCACAAGAGUUUUAAUUAAUCCUAUAACAAUGAAAGCCUACGGUGUAGAAUAUGUAAAACAUGGCGUCAAAAGGGUAGUGUAUGCCCGAAAAGAAGUUAUAUUAUCUGCCGGGGCGAUCAACAGUCCGCAACUUUUAAUGUUAUCUGGUGUUGGACCAAGGGAUCACUUAAAGAAUGUCGGAAUAAGAGUCUUGAAAGAUUUGCCUGUAGGAGAAAAUUUGCAAGAUCACGUGGGGGUAGGAGGCUUAACUUUUCUAGUCGACAAACCAGUAGCGAUUGUUCAAAAUCGUUUUCAAGCAUUUCCUGUCACGAUGAAUUAUGUUGUCAACGAAGGAGGACCGAUGACAACAUUAGGCGGGUUGGAAGGAAUAGCCUUCGUUAAUACUAAAUACGCAAAUACCUCCGGCUUAUGGCCUGAUAUACAAUUUCACAUGGCACCCGCAUCAUUUUCUUCAGACAACGGUCAAAUUGUAAGAAAAAUUUUAGGUCUCACUGAUGAAGUGUAUGACACAGUAUACAAACCGAUAGCAAACAAAGAUGCCUGGACUAUUAUGCCUCUUUUAUUACGUCCAAACACUCGGGGAUAUGUAAGGUUGAAGAGUUCCAAUCCAUUUGACUACCCAGUAAUGAAUCCGCGAUAUCAUGAAGACCGUUUAGAUGUUAAUCGACUAGUCGAAGGUAUUAAAAUAGCCCUUCAAGUGGCAAAUGCAUCUCCAUUUAAGCAGUUCGGAUCGAGACUAUAUAUGAAACCACUGCCGAACUGUAAACAUCUAAAGUUUAUGUCGGAUGAAUACAUUGAAUGCCAAGUUAGGACAAUUAGUAUGACAAUAUACCAUCAGUGUGGAACGACAAAAAUGGGACCCUCGUGGGACCGAGACGCUGUAGUUGAUCCUAGACUACGUGUGCAUGGUAUUGAAGGACUGAGAGUUAUAGAUGCCAGUAUAAUGCCAACUAUAGUUAGUGGGAACACCAAUGCGGCUGUUAUAAUGAUCGGAGAGAAAGGCUCUGACAUGAUAAAAGAAGAUUGGUCUAAGCGGAAAAGAUGACGAAAGUAAUAAAUACUAGGAACUUGUAAAUAUAUUGUACAAUAAUACUAUAUGAUUAGUUACCAGAAUUUAAACCAAAAUCAUUUAGAAAUAAGAAUAUCGAUAUAGUACUAUCAUAAAGACGUAAAUUUAGUUUGUCAUUUAUAGGUUUCCAAGAUAAACAUAUCGUUAUAAAUCUUUUAAUUAUAACUUGGAUUAUUGAAUUAAGUGCCAUACCUGUGUCUAUGUUUUCGUUAUAGUCGAUACUUAAAGCAU